GGAGGAUCGUGCCGCACCCUUUCUGCUCCCCCCGGGACUCAACGCGUAUCACUCCGCACAGAGAGCGUUGAACGUGCACAAGAGGUGGUGACUUCAGGUACGAAGUCUUCAGGCACAUUGUUUCAACUCAACGAGGACUCGCGCCUGGAUUUACUUGACAAACAAGUUCACAGACAAAACAUAGAUUGAAGACCAGUGGAGUCCCUCCAGUCCUCACCGGUCCAGCUGAUGGCAUGCCGAUCGCCAACCCACCAGAGAGGGCGAGUCUGAAUGACACCCUAGACCUUCCCCUCUGCUUCCUGUGUACAGCGCCGCUCGCCUCUCCGUCCUUUCCAGCUGUUCACCCCCCAGAUAUCUGAACAUGGAUACUCAGAGUGACGACACUGUAGGAUGCUACUACAACAAGAGCGUCAAGUUUUUCUACGAGAAGAGCGGCAAGAACAUCAGCGACCACUGGCGCAACCGGGACUAUGUGAUCGUCACUCUGGGCAUGACGGUCUGCUUCAUCGUCAUCUUUUCCAAUCUUUUGGUCAUAGGCGCCAUCUUAAAAAACAGACGCUUUCACUUCCCCAUCUAUUACCUGCUGGGUAACCUGGCUCUGGCUGACCUCUUCUCAGGUGUCUCCUACCUCCACUUGAUGUUCCAUACUGGUCCCUGGACCAUUAAGCUGACCAAGUACCGGUGGUUCCUGCGACAGGGUCUGAUCGACACCAGCCUCACGGCUUCGGUCCUCAACCUGCUGGCCGUGGCCGUGGAGCGCCACCAGACCAUCUUCAACAUGCAGCUGCACAGUAAGAUGAGCACCCGGCGUGUCUUCGUCAUCAUCGUGUUCAUCUGGCUGGUGGCCAUCAUCAUGGGCCUGGUCCCCACCAUGGGCUGGCACUGCCUGUGCGACCUGGAAAACUGCUCCACCAUGGCGCCGAUGUACAGCCGCAGCUACCUGGUGUUCUGGGGCCUGCUCAACCUGCUCACCUUCUCCAUCAUGGUGGCCGUCUACACCAGGAUCUUCAUCUACGUGAGGCACAAGAGCAAGCAGAUGUCGCAGCACACCACGCAGAUGAGACACAGAGAGACGGUGUUGAAUCUGAUGAAGACCGUCUCCAUGAUCCUGGGCUGCUUUGUGAUCUGCUGGACACCGGGCCUGGUGGUGCUGCUGCUCGACGGCCUCGGCUGCGAUGAGUGCAAAGUGCUGCGAUACGAGAAGUAUUGCCUGGUGCUGGCCGAGUGCAACUCCUUUGUCAACCCCAUCAUCUACUGCUUUAGGGACAAGGACAUGAGGAGGACCUUCAAGGAGAUCCUGUGCUGCCUGUGCCGGCGGGGCGACAACCGCAAGAGCAUCUCCGGGGUUCACUUUAACACCAUGGAGCACGAGAACUGUAAGUCUCGUAUCAGCGAGCAGACAGAAAAGAGCAAUGGGGCGCUUCUCAUCCGCGACGGCUCAGAAGACAUCCCUGCCUCUUCAGAAACCUGAAAUUAACUCAAACAACGGGAGGAACUUUCAACAAACUCGAGACAUGGCAGCCACACACUUGACGCUGAAAUCUACAGAUCUGUGCAGGGACACGUAAACAAGCCCUGAGACCUGUUUUUCUUCAGCCAGCAGACAUGUGUCAAGGUCAAAAACUGUUUAAAGAAAAACUGGAUUUAUAUCUCUGCUGCCAGCACACAGAAGAAUUCACUUGAUGCCAACAAGACUGUGAACGUCUCCUAAUUUAAACGGAAGCAAGCGGCUCGUUUGUGCUCCGUCAUCGACCUUCAGCGGACAAAAAGGACAUAAACUCUCCAUUUCAGAGCCAUUUAAACAACAUAGAGGGACAUUGGAGAGCUCAUUUCCUGUUGAGACACGAAUGAGAAGCCCCAGUUCAGAAGAAGCAGCACUGACGGCCACUGAAUAACUGGAAGAAAUGACUCAAAGUGUGCGGGGAAGUCGCAAAGCACAAAUAUGCCCCCUUUUCAAUGCCAAGUAAUAGAUUCUGCCACAAAUUAUUUUCAUCACGAUGGAUUCAAGUGUAUGUAAGUUUAUUAGCUGCACUGAUCCAGCACCAAUAAAUCCAUCAUGACGGCUGUGAAGUUCAGGUCGUGUUGCAGCUGUUUAAUAGAGACGUAGAUCAUCAGGAGGCUGCAGUAGUGAUGCUGUUGAAUUGUGCUGAACUUUAUAGAGAGGUGUGUCCCCUGUUAACCUGCCCUCAUUGAUAUAAAUGGUAUGAGUUAUAUAUAAACACCUGUUGGUGCAAUAAAGUUCAGCAGCAGCACAAACUACAUGUGAAUGCAUUUGAAUUGAAAACAGUUUAGACAAAAACUGAACAUCUGAACCUUCCCUAAUGAUGAUUUGGUGCUGGACUGCUUUAGUUUGAGCUAGGUGUACCUAAUAAACUGGCAGCUGUGUAUAUGGAAGCACUGAAAAACACAUUUCGCUGCCAAGGCCAAUGAAGGUCAUGCAGGAAACCACUUAAUAAUAUUGGCUCAUGGUUCAUAGAUCAUUUCCUGAUGUUUUAUUGAUUGGUCACAGGCUGUUGUAGAAAGAAACAUUUGGGUUGCCAGGUUAUGGAAGAUGUUUAAUUUACUGUUUUUUAACCUCUUUAAAGCAAUACUUCAACCCCAAAAUGAUCAUGUGUUUGUCAAUGUAUCACCCUGUGAAUUGAAUUCAUGAAGAACACUUUGUUUCUCCUGCAUGCACCAGGAAAAGUCUUGAUGAUAUCCUACUUGUCUGGACAUGCAGACGUAGCACACCUGUGCAAUCUCAAGACUGUUUAUGCAGAAGUCUUUAAAAUAGUAAGGUUUUAGUAAAAAUGCAAUGUUGGGAAGCACUGAUGUGUCACUGGAAGAAUGAGACUUGGAUUAUACUGCAUGAGGUGUGUGAGAGUUUAACAGCCUGUUUACUCCAGUUCUUUAUGAAUUUUCUUGCCGUGGAGGCAUUUGAUGAAAACAAUUUAUUUACAGAAUUGAAGGUAACACAGGGUGAGUUAUUGAUAUACAAAUGAUUGUAGGGGUGAAGUAUUCUAUCUAUAUCUAUCUAUUUGACAGUUUCGCCACUUGCAAAGCAGCAGAGCAUCCAUCAGUGUCUUAAGAAUUUAAUAUUUAAUCUAAUUAAAGAUCCUUCCACCUGUUUAAGCUUCACUCCGUCACUGUCUUUGCCUCCUGGCUGUUCAUGUAACUUAUUUGUUUUGAUUAUUGGAUUUAAAAUUUGUAAACAAGUUAUUAAAACACAGACCUGAUGCACUUUUGCACUGAAGUGACCUAUCAGGGAUUUACCACAUGAUGACUUACUAUUAACCUCUUAACCAAGCGGCAGCCAAAUACACUGAGGGCAAACAGCAACCUGGCAACUCAUUUGUUAUUCAAAUUAAUGGCCAAUUGUUCUAAAAGGCUUUAUUAAUGCGUUAUUUACAUUAAUAAAGCCUUAGUCUGAAUUUAAUUAAGUUUAAGAGUGUAGAAAGUGGUACAGUGACACUUCUCUCAAUUUGUUUUUAACCAGAAUCAUAAACCGAAUUUUAACAAAUUUGUAAAUUUUACUUUAUUCAUAGUUUUUACCCCACAUAUUUUAAGUGUAUGAAACACUUCAGAUAAUUUUAACAAAGUGGAAGAUACACAUGUCGUUAAUUUUUCUCUUAAAUAUCAACAUGAACACACCGACUUGUAAUUUAAUGGAUACAAUCCUGUUUGUUCCUGAAUGCAAUACAAGUUAAAACUUUUUUUUUUUGGUGCAGUACCAUACGUUAUAAGCUGUUUCUUCUUCAAGAUUUGAUUUAUUUUUUAUUUUUUGUUGUCACUGUUUGCCACCAACACUGUUGUGUUUGCGUCGUGUAAAAUGUCUCUGUGCUGGAAUGACACACAAUAUUCUUUUUUUGUAAAUUUGUUGUGAUAUAAAAUUUUUAUUUAUGGUCACAUCCUAAUUGUAGAUAUUAUGUACAGAACUCAGUGCACUUAAACAGAUUUGCCAGCAGAGGCAACUUUAAAAAAACAAAAAGGGAAAUCAAGCUCGUCAUUAUUGGUUAUUGGAUGAUCUCCAGAAAUGUUUUUGAAUUCUAGAUGAAUUUUUAUCAAACAAGACUGAGCAAAGAGGACAAGUAUGGGUGAUGUGAAGCUUUAUGGUGAAAUAUG